CCCUCCAAAAUCCAAAUAUCUCUGUCGCUACUUCACUUCUCUCUGCCUCUUCCUGCAGCCAACUCCGGCAGAAUCUCAGUGCGUGUUCCUCUUCAUCUUUUCCGCAACAACUCUUAUCCCUUUACUUAUGCGAGCCGCCGUUGCAGUUCCUUGAAGGUGUGACAAGAAAUUGAAAUGGUGCGAGCGUACAAAGUAAAAGGGGAAAAGAGGAAAAAGAAAGGAGAGAAUUAUGAUAAGGAAGAAAUAGAGGAAAAGGAGUCAGGAAAAAGAGGGAGAACAGAAGCAGACACAGAGGCAGAGGCAGCUGAACGAGUUGUAGAUUUACUGGCUGGUAUUCCGGCUGUUUCAACUGAUCAAAGCACCAAACCUGGUGUUAUUUUCAUCAUCGAAAGAGCUUCUCUGGAAAUUGCUAAAAUUGGAAAGACUUCCCAAUUUCUCAACUCAGAUGAACAUUCCAACUUUCUGAAGAAGAAUAAUCGAAACCCUUCUGAUUAUCGACCUGAUAUUGCUCAUCAGGCAAUGCUUUCAAUUUUAGAUAGCCGAGUGAAUAAAGCUGGGAGAUUAAAAGCUUUGUAUGUGAAGACUGAGAAAGGUGACCUAUUUGAAGUAAAAUCUCAUGUUCGUAUUCCUAGGACGUUUAAACGAUUUGCUGGCAUUAUGUUGCAGCUGCUACUAAACCGGAGCAUAACUGCUGUUGGUAAGCGAGAGAAACUGUUACGUGUUAUAGAAAACCCUGUUUCAAAGCACCUACCCAUUGACUGUAGAAAGAUAGGCCUCUCUCAUAGUUCUGAGAAGCUGGUGGAUAUUCAGGAAUAUGUUAAUGGCAUCAACAAGGACAUGAACCUUGUUUUUGUGGUUGGGGCAAUGGCCCACGGGAAAAUUGAUAAAGAUUAUGUCGAAGAUUAUCUAUCGAUUUCUGAUUAUCCAUUGAGUGCUGCAUACUGCAUAUCCAUGAUCACAAAUGCUGUGGAGCGCAAAUGGAAGAUUUUGUAGACAACGUAUACUUUCUAGAAUGUUUUGUUUGUUUUCUUUCCUAUAGUUUUUUCUGGUUGGUUAAUCUAUUAUUAUAUAAAAUAUUUAAGAAGUGUUAAAUGGUUCUCUUCUACAUUUGGAAUGCCCUUUGGAAUUUGAAACGGCCAUCAUCUUCUCAUUGUCA